UUAGUUCGUUCGGCUCCAAAAUAUAAAUGUGAAACAUACGUAUUUUGCUCUAAACUAUUUCUGAACACAAAAUGUGGAAAUAAUAGAACAUUUUAGUGUUAUUAGUUUUUUCUUCGAAAAUCAUAGACUAUGAUUUAUCGAAACAACGCACAGAGAUUUGAGAAAUAACGAAAAUAAUCAGCUGUAACUAUAAACAAAAUAACACAGACGCAAGUGCACUCAAUACGUGUGUAAUUGUUGCAUUGCUAAAUGAUAGCGAUAAAACAGUAGUCGUGUUUUCACACGAAUGGUGAUUUGCGGUAAAAACACAUUCAGUUUGGUUAUUCUGAAUCCUAAUUGGCAACAGCAAAGCAUCACUCUCAAACGUUUCGCAUUUUUCACUAAAUUUACUCUUGAUUUCGUAUUGACAUUUCAAUUGUCAUAAUCAAAGUCAAAUGGAGAGUAAUCGUGAACAAGCCGAAAGAUGCAUAGAAAUUGCUGCUCAAGCGUUCAAAGAGUACAAAACGCAAAGAGCGAACAAUUUCCUGAAUAAAGCUGAAAGGCUUUAUCCAACACAAGAGGCCAAAGAUUUAUUGGAAAAGGUGCGGGAAUUCGACAAUGAUCAACAUGUGCGACGAAUUCUUGGUUGCAAAAACCAUUACAAAGUGCUAGAAGUUGCAAAAGAUGCCACCGACAAGGAUAUUUUGGUAGCGUUUAAAAAACUCGCGCUGCUUGUGCAUCCAGAUAAAAACCGUGCACCCCGGGCGAAAGAAGCAUUUGUGAAAAUUGAAGAGGCGAAAAAGGUUUUGUCCAAUCCAAUUGAACGAAGUUCUUACGACUUGAAUUUGAGCAUAGAAACUGACUACGGAUUCUAUGAGAAUAACAAUUCAUUCGAAUAUAAAUCUACGGGCACGAAUGACGAAGCAGACGAAGAUCUCAACAGCCAAAAUGAUGACCCGAUUCCCAAAAGUGAAAAAUGGUGGGAACGUGAGGCUGGAUAUCACUUGUUAGUGCUUCUUCCUGUAAUACUAUUGAUAUUGAUACCGGCAGUUGUUUGGGGCAUGAAAUUGUUAUUUGUAUCACCCUCAAUUUACACAUUGACGCCGGAAAAGACUCAUUUAAUUCGUAGGAGAACAGUUGCGGCGAAGAUUCCAUAUUAUGUAACCAAACAUUUUUCUGAAGAGCUUCAAUACUAUUAUGAUGGUUCAUUGAGAAAGCUUGAAUUGGAGGUCAAAAAUGAAUACAAAACAAAGUUGACGCAUGCGUGCAAUAAAGAAAAAAAACUAAAGGAAUACUGGCUGGAAGAAGCUGAAAAUUCUUUCAACACUAAGAUGCACGAAAGAGUACAGCGAAUGAAGACUCCAUCUUGCGACACAUUGAACGAAUUGUUUACCGACUCUUCAAACCAAUCACACUCGUACUUUUCGAAUAUUUUUGCAUCUGUCGUCAAUUUCCUUCAUUUCUAGAACCAUGUGAACCACUAUUGAGUCAAUGUCUUGGAAUUAAUCAAUUCUUCUACCAUUAUAAUAUUACAAGUUCAACUGAGAUUUUAGCUCGAUUGUCAUUCAAUAAUAAUUCAAUGUUGAUUAUGUAAAAAAAAUGGUUUUUGUAUAAGAAUAUUUUGGUUUGAAACCAAAAUUAACUAGAUGAAUAUUCAAAUCUUGGAAAAUUUGCCGAAAUGACUUCGUGUAGGGCGAUUUCAAUUGUAGAUUUUAUGUAGUUUAAUGUAGUGUUUUUACUUUUUUUUAUGUAGGAACAAUUUUUUUGAGUGAUCGGCUAUCGAAAAACUGCUAUAAAAUGGAACAACUCAAAUCUUGGUCAAAAACCGUAUUUUCCACAAAUCGAACUUUUUUUCGAAUGAAGAUUUUCGCUCCAAAAUAUUGUAGAUAAAUUGUAGAAUUAAAAUCAAUUGUCUGUUUUCGAAUAUGACGAAUGGGCAUUCGUUCGAUAUUGAGACGAUUCAUGAAAAUUGGUCCAAAAUUGAUAAAACUCUAAUCUUGGUCACAAAUUGAAAUUUCCACAAACUGAAUCUUCCUCUAUUGUUGCUAGAUUCCAUAAAAUUGUAGAAAAAAUGUAGAAUUCAAAUCAGUCGUCCGAUUCUUGAUAUUUUCAACAACUUAUUUGACAACAGCAGAGUUUUGUUUUUGUAGGGAGAAAAAAUGCUAACAACUGUCAUUUCGGCAAAUUUUCCAAGAUUUGAAUAUUCAUCUAAUUAACUGUGAUGUGGUUAUUCGUACACAAAUGUAUUACGGCCAAACGAUAGAAUGUAAUGCUAGAAUC